AGGUAGAAAAAUCCGAGCGAAUUCGAAGUUAUUAUUGGCGCAAAAAUGGAGGAUGCUCUAGACCCAGCCACUGAAGUUCCGUUCUCCUUCCCUCCGCGUCGGAGACCGCAUCUUAAGAGCCAGACUUACCUCAAUCUGGUUCAAAUUGUAUCCCUUUGCUAUGGCCAAUCCCCUCUUGCCUCUGCCCCUCCAAUUAUUCCUCUCGACCUAAUUUCAGAAAAAGGUAAAAGGGAAGAUAGCCAAUCAACUGGGAAGGAAAUAGAGACCGGGGAUGUAGCCUGUUUUAAUAACGCAGAGCCUGGUGAGUUGGUUGUUUCUGAUAGUGGGCAGACUGAGAAUUUGCAGAAAGAAAUAGUGUUUGAUGAGAAUCUUCAAAUUACUGGUAUUUCAAAUAGAGGGUCCAGUAAUACACAAAUGGCUAUAGAAGAGAUAGAAAAGAUAAUGGAAAUGGAAGAGAAUAGGGGCCUUUUGAAUCAAAAUGACAUGGCGGUUCCUGAGAGCGCCGGAGGGACUGGAUUGCAAGGUGAAGAUUUGGGUUUGGAACAAAUGUUAAUGAAUGAGCUAGAACAUAUUAUGAAAGGGAAUGAAGAACGUGGUCAAGGUGAUGGCAUUUAUCUAUCUGCUGUGUCAGUGGAUGAGAACGAGAGUGGUGACGGUGUUGCUGCUUUGAUGAAUGACCAACAACAAGAAGGAAACAUUAAUCAUCAAGAAAUUAUCAUGGAGGAAUCCGGGCCAACAGGUUUAGGGGAAGUAGGCCAAGAAGACCUUUUUCAACCAAGGCCAGAAUCCACUGAUUUGUCUUCUGACAGAGUUUUUUCUGUUGUAGUUACAAAAUCAGAGGUGGAUGAAGAUAAAAGUCCCUUGGCAAAAACCAUUGAAGAUAAAGAAGGGCAUGAAAUACAGCCAAAAGAAACGGAGUGUGAGAAAUCAUUUUAUUCCCAUGGCAUAGUGACAGCUCCUAGUCACAUGGUUGAAGAUGGAGAAAUUGAAGAGGGAGAAAUUUCUGGUGAGGAUGGAAAUGAAUUGCUAACUGAGGAUGCUGUAGUAUCAGGGCAGAAGAAUCUAGAUGAGAAUCAAGUUCAUGUAGGCAUAGUUAAUAAUAAAUUACUUUUUGACAAACAAAACAGAUCUAAUGUACUAGAUUCUGCUCCCACUUUGUUCACUAUGAAUGCUGUUGAUAAUGAGAAAAGGGGUAGAGAAGUAGAACAGGAAGAAGGUGUUCAAAAUCAGAUGGUAUGUGAACCCAAAGAAGUAUACAGGAAGGGCAAUGGAACCAAGCAUGGUAGUGGUUCUCUAGUGGCAUGGCCAAAUACUUUGACAUUGCACAAAGAAGUCUUGAGGCAAGGUGGUGAUAAGGAAGCAAUUACAUCUCAGGAGAAGGAUACUGGUGCAUCCAAAAGGAAAAAGCGGUCUUGUACUAAGGAAAGGAAGGAGCGAAAAAAGAGAAGAGAUCGAAAGAAACGGGCAGAAAAUAACCAAAAGCUUGGUGUCAAAAGGUUGAAACUAGAGCCUGUUUUGAAACCAAAAACCAUAAGAGUUUGCCGGCAUUAUCUCGUGGGAAAAUGCCAUGAGGGUGAGAACUGCAAAUUUUCACACGAUGCAGAGCCUCUAACAAAAUCAACGCCAUGUAGUUUUUUUAUAGUUGACAACUGUAUGAAAGGGGCUGAUUGUCCAUAUGAUCACCAACUCUCCAAGUACCCUUGUCACAAUUUUGUGUCCAAAGGUUUUUGCCCCAGAGGUGAUAGUUGCUUGUUUUCACACAAGAUAUCAGCCCCAGAAGAUUCUCCAUCUUCUUCAAAUGCUAUUGGAACUGAACUGAAGACAUUGUUACCCAGUAAUUCAAAAUUUGAAAAGCAAUUGAGUAUUGGUGGAACUAAGAUUCAGAGAGUUGAAUCUUCAUCCCCUUCAGUGGUGGUUUCUACUCAUAAGAACAUGAAACAGAAUGUAGCCAAGAUUCUUCCUGUGCCUCCUUCAGUCACACCAAAAGGUGUUAGUUGCUUCUCUGUUGCAAAGUCACCUGUACCUGAAUCAAGUAUACUAAAGCAAGGCAGCUUACUUCCAAAGUGGAAUGAGACUGGCAAAGUGGAGAAUCAGACUAAUAAAUGUGCAACAGACACAGUCCAAACUGUGAAUGAGAGUCCAAAAAUAACACCAUCAGUGGUGCCAAGGGGAAUAAAUUUUCUUUCGUUUGGAAAAGCAAUAUCCAGAGAUUCCAGUGGCAAAAAUGAAGCUGCUUUGUCCUUCGGUGCUGGCAAUGAACAUAAAGAAUCUCCCAACGAGGGUGGUAGAGCCAGAACUGGGAAGCAGACAACCCAAAAUGCAUCAAGCAAAGAGAGAGAGGUAAAUCAGAUGCUUAAGAUGACUCAACCUGCUCUUGUACCCACAGGAAUAAACUUUCUCUCUUCGGGAAAAGCUCUAAUGGAUGACCAAAGAAAACAUAGAGAAGCUAGUUUGCCUUCCAGCUCCCAACGUGACAAGGGUGAAUCUAGUCAAGAGAUUCAACAUGCAUCCAUUAAACAAAGCAACUUAAGUGCAUUAUCAUGGAAUUGGCCUGCUUCUCCUCUUGCUCCAGUCCAAUCUCCAAACUCAGUUCACAAAAAGACACCAAACUCAGUUCAGAAGGCAGUUGUGUCAACUCUAGCAUUUGCAGAAAAGUUUGACUCUGAAAGGAAGACAAAGCAAUCUACCAGUAGUUCCUGUUCUGUAGGAACCAAGGUUAAUGGGGAAACAGUGGGUGCCACUGUACCUGGAUGUUUGCAGAAUGAUUCAAUGGAUGAUUCAAAAUUUUUGGACCUUUUGUCCAGUUUCAGCAGCAAAAGAAAGCCGUAGAUUUGCUUGCCAAAUUCCAACUUAUUAUGGUUGAUGUAACUUGAGGAGUUUAAAAGGGGAGAAAAGGGUAUCUUGCUGAUAGUUCUGAGGUUGAAAAGAGUUGGUUUUGUCAAAUCAAAGAGAAAGUACUGGGUGGUGGCUAUAUUCACCAUCCUAUAGUCAUUGAUUUGCUUGUUUUUGUGGAUCAGUUAUUCAAUCUUGAUCUGCAGAUCUCAGGAGAGGACUAAGUUGUUUCCAACUGGGGUGAAGCCCUUCCUCUCUAAGUUGGGGACUCAUCUCAGGUGGUAGCUGCAGCCGUGAUCCACCCCUCAUCAAGGCAUGUACUCCCUGAAUUUUAUCAUUACUCUCUUUUACAGGGAGAGCUGAUUCCGAGAGUUUGAAAAGGUGUUUCAGUCCACCAACUAAGAUAGUUUAAUAACUUAUCUAGGUCAUACCAAUCUGUAUUCAUUGAUUUACUUGGUUUUGCACAACCGGGUGCGGUAUUCAAUGCUUCCAGUUUCCUGCAGAGUCUUAGUUAACACUUGACACAGAAAAAUGCUAACUAGUUUAUAAAUGAUUUCUAUCAUAUGUAUAGGCCAAUACCAUUGCUGCAACAUUACAUGUUGAUGGAGGUGAAUGCGGAUUUUCCCUUAA